AUUGUGGGCUUGAGAGUCCAGGCCCUAUAUUUCAAAACAACGAGGGUCGCUUUUCUCCUGCGAAGCCGCUUUGUUUGGGAAGAGCCAAAGGAAAAAAGCCGCGUUAAUGGGAGGGAGGCUUAGGUUAUCUGGGAGAUAGCGGGACACGGAAAAAUUCCAAAUUCUGAUCGUUUCCAUCACUGCUGGAGCUCUCGACCUUGGAACGGCUCAGCCAGAUUAAAAUGAUGAAAAAUGUCCACUUGGCACCCGAAGCAGAUGAAGAUGAUCUUUAUUCUGGUUAUAAUGAUUAUAACCCUACUUUUGAUACAGAGGAUUUAGAGAAUGAUCCAGCUUUUCAACAGGCUGUGAAAACUAGCCAUGGUAGAAGGCCUCCGCUUACGGCCAAAGUUCCAGGUACAUCAAGUGCACGGACUUUAGCUACAGGGUAUGUGUCAAAGACAACAUUGUCUUCAUCAAUGGGCAGACCAAUGACAGCAGCUUUACAGGACGGUGUUACUCGACCUAUGACAGCAGUGCAGGCAGCAGGUUACACCAAAGCAGCUUCAAGAGGUUCUGCAUUUGAUCCUCUUGGCCAGGCAAGAGGCCCAGCUCCUCCUCUAGAAACAAAGAAUGAAGAUAGUCCAGAAGGAAAGAUUAAACUGUUAGAAAAAAAAGUGAAUGAGUUGGUGGAAGAAAGCUGCAUUGCUCACAGCUGUGGAGAUUUAAAAUUGGCUCUAGAAAAGGCGAAAGAUGCUGGAAGAAAAGAAAGAGCCUUAGUAAGACAACGUGAACAGACAAUGUCUCCUGCUAAUAUUAACCUUGAUCUUACAUAUACUGUACUCUUCAAUUUGGCUAGCCAAUACUCUGCUAAUGAAAUGUAUGCAGAAGCACUAAAUACGUAUCAGGUCAUUGUAAAAAACAAAAUGUUUGUCAAUGGAGGUAUGCUGAAAGUGAACAUGGCAAAUAUUUAUUUGAAACAAAGGAACUAUUCAAAGGCUAUCAAGUUCUAUCGAAUGGCUCUAGAUCAGAUUGCAAGUGUCCACAAGGAGAUGAGGAUUAAAAUAAUGCAGAACAUUGGCGUUGCAUUUAUUAAAACCGGCCAAUAUACUGAUGCCAUUAGUUCCUUUGAGCACAUUAUGAGCACAUCACCAAACCUGAAAGCAGGCUUCAACUUGAUUUUGUGCUACUUUGCUACUGGAGACAGAGAUCAAAUGAAAAAAGCCUUCCAAAAACUGCUUGCUGUUCCAUUGGAAAUUGAUGAUGACGACAAAUAUAUUUCACAAGGAGAUGAUCCACAUACAAACCUGUUGAUAGAAGCUAUUAAAAAUGAUAGCUUACGGCAAAUGGAACAUGAAAGGAAAGCUACAGCAGAAAAGUAUAUUAUGACAGCUGCUAAACUAAUUGCUCCAGCAAUUGAAACUUCAUUUGCAGUAGGUUAUGACUGGUGUGUUGAAAUGGUAAAAACAUCUCAGUACGUAGAGUUAGCCAAUGACCUGGAAAUCAAUAAAGCAAUUACCUAUUUGCGGCAAAAAGAUUUUAAUCAGGCCGUUGACACUUUAAAGAUGUUUGAAAAAAAGGAUAGCAGAGUUAAAAGUGCAGCUGCCACAAAUCUUUCUUUUCUAUACUUUCUGGAAAAUGAGAUUAUGCAAGCAAGCAAUUAUGCAGAUUUAGCCGUAAAUUCUGACAGAUACAAUCCAGCUGCUCUGACAAAUAAAGGAAACACCAUUUUCAUAAAUGGAGAUUAUGAGAAAGCAGCAGAGUUUUAUAAGGAAUCAUUAAGGAAUGAUUCGUCAUGCACCGAAGCGCUUUAUAAUAUUGGUUUAUCAUACAAAAAGUUAAGCAGACUAGAUGAAGCAUUGGAUUCUUUCCUGAAGCUCCAUGCAAUUCUUCGAAAUAGUGCCCAGGUUCUCUUCCAAAUUGCAAGCAUAUAUGAAUUAAUGGAGGAUCCUAAUCAGGCCAUUGAGUGGCUUAUGCAACUUAUUAGCGUUGUUCCCACGGACUCACACGCAUUGGCAAAACUUGGGGAACUCUAUGAUAGUGAAGGCGACAAGUCUCAAGCUUUUCAAUAUUAUUAUGAGUCCUAUCGGUAUUUCCCUUCAAACAUUGAGGUCAUAGAAUGGCUUGGAGCCUAUUAUAUUGACACACAAUUUUGUGAAAAAGCCAUUCACUACUUUGAAAGAGCAGCACUUAUUCAACCAACCCAGGUGAAAUGGCAAUUGAUGGUUGCCAGCUGCUAUAGAAGAAGUGGUAACUAUCAAAAAGCUCUGGACACCUACAAGACAAUUCACAGAAGGUUUCCAGAUAAUGCUGAAUGUUUACGGUUCUUAGUUCGACUCUGCACAGAUAUGGGAAUGAAAGAAAUGCAAGAAUAUGCAACAAAGCUUAAGAGAGUAGAAAAAUUGAAAGAACUAAGGGAACAGCGUGUCAGGUCUGGUAGAAAUGGCAGUGCCCGUGCCCGCAGAGAAGGGAGUGCUGGAGGUGAACCUGGUAGCACGGCAAUUAAAGGAGAACGUCUGAGUGCAAAAUUGAAAUCUUUGCCAGGAACAAAUGAGCCAUAUGAAAGUAGUGUUAAUAAAGAAAUAGAUGCUUCCUACCUGGAUCCACUUGGACCUCAAGCUGAGAGGCCAAAAACAGCACUAAGGAAAAAAAUGGAUGAAGAUGAGUUUGCUGAUGAAGAUGUAGGCGAUGAUCUGCUUCCAGAAUAACUUUUUAGACCAGUUCAGUUAUUUUUUAAAAGUUGCAAAAGAAAAAAUAAUCUUUAUAGAGAUUUAUAUUUAUCUGAACACUAUAUAAAUGAAAUCUUUAUUUUAAGUAAAGUUUUUAUAGUAAGAAUUUAAAA